AUGCAAUGGCCUGUUGAAAGUUCAAUUACAAAACUGUACUAUGCUGAUAUUGAUUUAGGUCAAAACUUUGACUGGGAAACCUCGGCGUUUAUUUUGGUAGCCAAAAAAGAAAUAGUGCGAGAUCUCAUUUUAGAUCCGAUGCCUCCAUGGCAUGUGUCUAACAGGUUACUUGUUCAAUUGCCAGUAUUCUGGGAGACUGCUAUUCUUAUAUGUCGGCUACUGCGAACCGAGCUCUAUGACCGUUACGAAGAAAAGAAGAUUCAAACAGAUGUUCCAUGGCCCGUUGAUGGUAUUGCUUUGAACUUUGGAAGAUGGGAGACAGCCGGAGCCACAGACACUGGAGCUAUUGAGUGUCAUGGGCAUGCACAUUUUCUACUUAGCCUACCUUUUAUCGAACAAUGUGAUGACAGUUUUUUUCGCACUCUCAAAGGACGACAAGAGCCGAACCAAAACUACUGUCGAGCGAAUGCGGAGCAAAUGGAAAGAGAACGUUUGCUCAGUGCUGAAAUGAAACAACAUCGAGUUGAAAUGAAUCGUCUAAACGAGAAAAUGGAUAAGACAGAGAGAAGAAUUGAGAGUGUUUUGAGCUAUCUACAAGAAUUUAUAGGACCCAGAGAAUUUUAA